AUGGCGGAACCGCUGCUCUCGUCACGGCCGCGGCUCCGCGGCUCGCCAUCCCAGCAGCUGCCUGGCAGCCGUGCACCGCUCCUGUGCCAGCCUACCUUGCUUCUUGGUGCCACCACCACCACCACCACCUUCAGGGGGGUCAACCUCAACAGCAGGAAUAGCUCCCAGGUUUUGUGGCCUCCAGGUGGCAGAUCCAACUUUUCAUUAGGUUUUGAUGAACCAACAGAACAACCUGUGAGGAGGAACAAAAUGGCCUCUAACAUCUUUGGGACACCUGAAAAUGCCCCUUCCUGGGGCAAGUUGGCAGGUGCCACGUCUAGUGGUGGCAGGGAAGAUUCUAAGCCACCUGGACCCCAGGGAAGGAACUCUUCUGAAGCAAACUCUGGAGACUUCUUAGAUCUGAAGGGAGAAGGUGAUGUUCAUGAAAACAUGGACACAGACUUGCAGGCCAGCCUGGGGCAGAGCAAAGAGAAGCCCAUGCCUGUCACCCCUGUGCCCAGCCCGGUGACACCGUUCCCCGUGCCAUCCCAGAGAAACCCUCUGGUGGCAAGUCCAGCCGGUUCGCUCUAUCUGCCCUGA